AACCAUGUGGUGCCCAUAUGAAAAGUUCCAUGACAUAUUUCGGGGCGUGAAGGGGAGCAUGAUUUAGCGCCGGGUAUCGACAUGACCACGACCAUGGAUUAUAAUCGCCGUCCACCCAAGACUUUGCAUGAACUCUGUAAAGAACGCCUGGUUACCCAAUAUCUUUCGACUCUGGGCAAUCUGCAAAUGGGUCCCCCGCUGUCUUGGUUGGGUUGGCCUUUUACCUGCAUGGAAUCUAAGACCUUCCGGCGGCAUGGCAUAAGAAAACUUCAGGCUGUGAUGUCUCAAGCUCCGAACCAUUUCAACGAAAUCGCCUUGGAAAUGUAUAAGCGGGAUCCCUCUUGCAUAGAAGCCAUCCUUCAUCCGUUACUAUUGGCCCUGGAAAUUAACUCCCAGAGCUUGAAAUUGGCUUUGGAUUACGCCUACAACUUGACCAACCUCACGACGCUUUACCUAUUUUUCGACAUCACUCGACAUGCGGUUCACGUCCAGAAGUUUCAUGAAUUCGUGGGAGGUCUCGUUCAUCUGACCCACCUGAAAUUGUCCAAUUGUUGCACGGAUGCCCUCUUAGCUGUGGUCGGGACCAACUGUAAGCAGCUCUGUGUCUUGGAUGCUGAGGAAGACUCUGAGAUGACCAUCACGGAUCACGGCCUCGCUUUCCUAGUCAAUUGCGCAAAGCUUCACACGGUGGUUCUCAACGAUGCGGGCGAUGAAUACGAUUACGAAGACAGAUACUUCGGUAUUACGGGGAAAGGUAUUGCCAAUCUCAUGAUCUCACUACCCAAUCUGUGCCUCUUGGUCUGUGAGCCCUACUUACUCCGGGAGGCGUUACGCUUUGUGCAUAUUAUCAACGUCAAUUCGCACACAUAUCAGCUGAAAUAUCUUCAUUGCAAAUUUCCGGACCGAGAGUUUUUGUAUUCCGUGAGCAAACUCUGUCCAAUGGUCCAUGAGCUCGUCAUCGAGGAUCAAAGUCGCGAUUGCGUCGACGUUCUGCCUUAUUUCCAACAUUUGCACACCUUGAAGCUCGAAAACUGUUCAUGGACGGCUCGAGAAGAACCCAGUUAUAAGAUCGUGUUUGCCAAUCUUGCCAAACUUGAGUUGAAGAAUCCAAAGACAUUAGUAAUAGAUCCGCCCUUUGUCACCAAACUAGGAAAGUGGUGCCCCAAUUUGACCAAACUGUCGAUUACACUCUAUCAACCAGAUGUUCUCACGAAAGCUUUAGCCUUCGGAUCCAACACUGAGUUCUUUCCCAAGCUUGAAUCCCUGGCCAUUGAUGGUGAUGUGUCGCUUCACUUGAUUGAGACCAUGCUGAUCUCGUCCAAUUUGAAGUCGUUAACCAUUUACAUUCACGAUCUCAGCGUAUCCUCUGGACAGUUUGACAGUCUGAUGCUGAGAAUGGCUCGAGAUGGUCAUCUCUCUCGAGUCGAAACGUUACAAUGUUUCCAGUGGAAAGUCAGCCUUGAAACAAUGCUCUUUGUGAUUGACUCCUGCGUGAAUCUCCGCAACAUUUGGGGUUUGGAUCUCUUGAUGAUGUGCCCAGUGUCGAUUCGAACCAUUCAAGAGCACAUCGCUCGGAAUAACAGAUGGAUCGACCUACACGAUGUGUCGUUUUUCGAAAAGUCUCGAGGAGUCUCAUUCUUGAGCGAAAGAAGCAAACGCCGCGUUCAAGCCGCGGAGCAGAUGGGAGAUCGAGAUAUGCUGGCACAUCUAUUGGGAGAGCAAACUCUAGAUGAUCUGCUAAAAGAGGUCAAUCUCCUCUAGUCAGAAUCUGUCAUCAUCUAAUCAAGCGCAAGUUCAACAUGAAACUGAAAUAUAUUUUACACCUCACUGAAACUCGA